GCGUUGUCUCGCGUGAUUUUCUCUCCACCCCCACCAUCCAGCCCCUCCCCUCCGCUCUUUCCGUCUGUAUCUCCCUUCUUUCUCUCUCUGGAACACAUGAGAUUCUCCUCCCGAAACCUGAACCGCAGCAGCAGAGGCAUCGACCCCCCUCCCCACACGCACACACAACAUGGCUACAAUUGUAACCUCGACCAGGUUUACGGACGAGUAUCAGCUUUACGAAGAGCUGGGAAAGGGUGCCUUCUCCGUGGUGCGGAGAUGUGUGAAAAAAUCCACUGGCCAGGAAUAUGCUGCUAAAAUUAUUAACACAAAGAAACUGUCAGCAAGAGAUCAUCAGAAACUGGAACGUGAGGCCCGAAUCUGUCGUCUACUCAAACACCCCAAUAUUGUUCGGCUCCAUGACAGUAUCUCAGAAGAAGGUUUCCAUUACCUGGUCUUUGACCUUGUGACUGGGGGGGAGUUGUUUGAGGACAUCGUCGCCAGAGAGUAUUACAGUGAAGCUGACGCAAGCCAGUGCAUCAAUCAGAUCCUGGAGAGUGUCAAUCAUAUUCACCAGCAUGACAUCGUGCACAGAGACCUGAAGCCUGAGAACUUGCUGUUGGCCAGUAAGAUGAAAGGAGCGGCAGUGAAACUAGCUGAUUUUGGGCUGGCCAUCGAGGUGCAGGGAGAUCAGCAGGCCUGGUUUGGUUUUGCUGGCACACCUGGCUACCUGUCUCCAGAAGUGUUGAGGAAGGAUCCCUACGGCAAACCUGUGGACAUCUGGGCUUGUGGUGUGAUCUUGUACAUUCUAUUAGUGGGCUAUCCUCCAUUUUGGGAUGAAGAUCAGCACAAGUUAUACCAGCAGAUCAAAGCUGGAGCUUAUGAUUUUCCUUCUCCAGAGUGGGACACGGUCACCCCUGAGGCCAAGAACCUCAUCAACCAAAUGCUGACCAUCAACCCAGCUAAGAGAAUCACCGCAGAGCAGGCCCUCAAGCACCCAUGGGUCUGCCAACGGUCCACAGUGGCAUCCAUGAUGCAUCGCCAAGAGACCGUGGAAUGCUUGCGCAAGUUCAACGCUCGCAGAAAACUCAAGGGAGCCAUUCUCACUACUAUGCUGGUUUCUAGAAACUUCUCAGUGGGCCGGCAGCAUACCAGCCCUGCUGCUCCCACCACAAGCACUGCCGCGCUUGCACAGGAAGCAUGCAAGAGUUUACUCAACAAAAAGGCAGAUGGAGUCAAGCCCCAGACAAACAACACUAAAAACAGUGUAGUGAGCGCUGUAGUGAACGCCAUGAAAGAAAGCAACACGACCUCUUCUACACCGAUGGAGCCACAAACUACAGUUGUGCACAACCCUGUCGAUGGACCCAAGGGCUCCACAGAGAGCUGUAACACCAAUGAGGAAGAGGAUAUGAAAGGUAGGAAAGCCGAGAGUGCGCAGGGAACGAGCAGUGACAGUGCCGUGAUGAGUCAGUGCAGUGCCGGGGAAGAGCUGCCCGCUCUGGUGGCUUCGCCACAGGGCUCUCCUGCCACAGUCCCCGUGCAUGACGUUAAGCGCUUGGCAUGGAACAGUUCAGAACAUGCCUCAUGUCCAGAGUUAGAGCGCACUCAUUCUGGCCCCUGUGCCUCAGCCCAUGGGGUCGGCGGUAUCACGGCGAGUGGGUCCGCAGCUCAGUCUCGUAAGCAGGAGAUUAUAAAGAUCACGGAGCAGUUGAUCGAGGCUGUCAACAAUGGAGACUUUGAAGCAUACACAAGAAUUUGUGACCCUGGUCUGACCUCUUUUGAGCCUGAAGCUCUGGGGAACCUGGUCGAGGGCAUGGACUUCCACAAGUUCUACUUUGAGCACUUGUUGAGUAAGAACAACAAGCCUGUGCACACCACUAUCCUCAAUCCUCAUGUUCAUCUCAUUGGGGAGGAUGCUGCCUGUAUUGCGUAUAUCCGGCUGACGCAGUACAUCGACAGCCAGGGCCGCCCACGUAGCUGCCAGUCGGAGGAGACACGCGUGUGGCACCGCCGUGAUGGCAAGUGGCUUAACGUCCACUUCCACUGCUCAGGGGCUCCAGCCGCCCCCUUACAGUGAACCGCACAGGACAGCUUACCUGGAUUCUCAAGAUAAUGGGAAUGUUUCUUCUUUGUGGCUGGACGGGCACGUGAAGGCCAGCUGGAUGACAGCUCUUAAAGUUACAGACACACCAGUGAGGAACUCUGACAACAUCCAGUUCAACUGUCAACACCACCUAUCCUGUCCAAUCUUUGACCAACGGGAGCUGGCCGCGGCUGUGGCCCCGCCCAAGGGACGGUGCAUGUAUCUGACGCCCACAUGGGGGUGCUGUUUUGUCCUUUUCCCACGGAACCAUCUUCUUUUGCCCGUUAAAGAUGUUCAGAAGGUGUUGUAAGUACUGAUCUAUGAAUUCAUAAAUAUACUGUAUAUUGUAAAAAUCACUAGCUGAACCAGAAGCAACAAUCAAGUUUGAAAAGCAUUUAUGUAGGUAAACCAAGG